AUGGUAAAAGACUUUGUUUGCAAGAAUCACGGUUACUUGAUGAAAAAGAGAAACAAGUUUUCUCUUUUUGUCAGUAGUAACAGAUUCGAAGAUGCCGAAAAAGAACUCAAAAAAAUCUUAUUUCAAUUACGAGGCACGUCUGAGCAACGAUCAGAUGCAAAUACAAUACCUGGUAAAUAUUUCAGUUUUCAUCAUCCAGAGCUUGCGCAAAACGACGUUGAAGCAUUUUAUUGUGUUUUAAUAAGCAACAUCGAAUUCGUCGAAAAACAUGAAAAUAUUAUCGCACAGGUAAUUGCACAAUUAGCUGCUUACGAUUUUGUGUAUUUUGUCCAAAAUAUUAUUCCGAUUUUUUCCGCAGUUGACGAUCCGAGAUUACAAAAUCUAUAUGCAUCUGUUUGCCGUAUAAUAUGCGAUCCUCCGACCGGUUUUUUGCGAAAUGCUCCGUUAAAUGAACACAAUAAAAUGCCUGAAUGGGAUGAUAAUACUAUUUUCGAUUUUUUUACAAACGGAAGUCCAUUUCUAAAGACAGACUUUGGACUUGCGCUUAUUCAGCUCAGAAACACCGUCACAAAAAUAAUUAAAGAUUUAUGCAAGAAUUCAGACUUCGAAAUCAAAUUCUCUAAGAUUCCUAAAUUCUACGUUCAAUCUUUUAUGCUCUCCGUUCAAACAAUUAUCGUACCUCCAAAAUUCAGAGAAUUUCAACUUGCUUGUGGAUUUCCUGGCCGUAUUGAGAUGUUAUUAGCUCUGUCUUCAUUUCAGGAUAGAGCUCAAUUCCAAAAAGUCGGAGGUUACAGCUAUCCUUCAUACGAAAUCGUUGUUGAUGCUUGGCAAAAAUACUAUACACAGAUUUCUGGGUUUCCUUCAUUCAGUAUGAACAAAUCUGUCGAUCCAGUACAAAUCGAAGAUACAUCGAAGAACUUACUUUUCAGAUUUUUAAAAUUAUCUCUAUUAACAUGCCUCGAACUCUCAAGUUUUCCAUUCAAAAACGUUGGAGACUUCAUUAUGUCGAAACUACUCGGCUACGACAACCAAAAUAUGCCGUUUAUGAUUCCUUGGUGCCAAGCUUUGAUAUCUUUACAUAAAGCAGCAGCAAAAGACAUAUUAGACUCAAUCUGUAAGGUUUUCGAGAAAUACAGAAUAUUAUCUUCGUCACAACAAUACAUGUUAUUCCACAUGGUUGCGAGAUUUUUAGAUAUUUACGUUUGUUCGGACGAAAGAUCACUUUCCACCGAACAAAUGCUAACAAUUGUUGUAUACGCUAUCAUUGGCCUCUGUUCUAACCAUCCUACAGUAAGGUUUGUCGCUAUGAAAGUCAUGGUUUCGAUUGGAAGAUUCAAAAAAGACGAUAACUUUACAAUGUUUGAUGAAUUUAUCAAAAUCCAGUCAAAACCAAUUAUUAUGAAUUUCCUUAGCUUUCUUGAUAGACAGCCAGCAACAAUUUUGCAAACUUGCCCUCAAAAACCUUAUUUACUAUUAAAUUUCGAACUCUUAGUUGAAUCAACGAACCAGACUCUCUGGCAAUUAUAUUUAGCGGCUAUAGCACUUGAGGCUGCUAGAUUUUAUUCUCCAGACCUUUUAAAAAGAAUUAUAAUUCAAUUACAAAAUUUUAUUGACAGUUUCAACGAAAACGUCAAUUCUAUGAAGAUAUUAUUAGUCAACGUGCUCACCAUCCUCGCAUCUUUCACAGAUAAUCCAAAAUUGGACCACAUUGACAAAUUAUUAGAUUAUAUCAUCCAAUCAAGCUCGCAGAAGCCUACAUCGUAUCUAUUGAUUUUUGCAGGCUUGUCGCAUCGUUGUUUUUCGAAAUUGGUCAUUAAAUUAUUAGAAUCAAAUUAUGAUUGCAGAUUAACUUCAUAUAUGCUUAGUUCCAUCUGUUGGUCGAAAGGCUUUACCGAAGCAUGCCACGAACCAUCAUUUAUCAAGAUUUUUACUCAGGCAUUUAAGUAUUCUGCAAAAUUAGUCAUGGAUUUAGUGAUUGAUAACGAAAACGUGCUGAAAUCAUCAAGGAUAACUGAAGAUCAAGUCAUGCUCUUCUGUUCUACAUCCUACAGACUGUUUUUGAAUAUUAUGGAAAAAUUUUCUGACACAAAAGUCACUAGUUUUCCAUCCAUGAGAUUCGUUAUGGACACAAAUAUACCAGAAGUCAAAGAAAUCGUCAAUUUCUUUGAUCCGAUCUUUAAUAUUGCUCAAAAAUACACAGGAAACACCAGAUUGUUUGCAAUCCACGCUCUCAACAUGUGGUUUUUAUGUUGUAAGCAUCCGGACGAAACAAAAGUCUCAAGUAUCCCGUUUUUAGACGAAAUUUGGUCAUUUACAGAUGGAGUUCCAAAUAUAUUCAGUGGUUUGCUCAGCCAUCACUUUGAAGUCCUUUUCCCUCUAUUCCUUAAGUAUUCUGUCGAUACAGAAAAGGGAGAAGCGUAUUUCAAAGCAAUCUGUGACUUUUUCAGGCCAAAAAUGAAAAAUUCCGUAAUCGAAUUUGAUGAAAUGCUGUACGACCACAUUUGGAAGUGCUGUAAACCAAUAAAGAAGGAUAAAUCUUUGAAAUAUCUCCAAGUUAUUUACGAAAACUGGGGAUCCUUGAUUCUCGUGUCCAUACAUUACAUGGCCAGACCCCAGCGUGCAUUAACUGAUGACGCUUUUAUUCUUUUGGCCACUUUGACGCCUGUCAUUUAUUUAUUCAGAAUGAAAGGAAGAAUUGACGAACUACAAAAUAUUUUUGACUUCUUCCUACACACUUGCAGACAGUUUUCCACUCUUACGUUAAUAGAUGACCCUGCAAUUCUUGCAUUAUCCAAAAAGAUGAGAGAUCUCUUUCCUUUUGUCCUAGAACAAGUACUAUUUGAUCUCAUGGAAAUUAUCCGAAAUCCUGAGAUUCUUCGUUCAACUCUGAAAUAUUUUAUUCCAUGGUUCAACUUAGUUUUGUUUGAUUACGAAAACAGAGUCAUUUCCAGAGAAACAGAACUAAGAUUCAUGAGAUUCUCCUGUUUCUCAUUCGUCGACAAAGUGUUUUCCACUGUCAAACACGUCUCAUCCGAUAAUCCAAAUGCUGCAAACAAUGAUAUUUGGAGAGCUCUUUGUGUUCAUGUGUCAAAAGGUGACAAAAAACCGUUUUUAGUUGAAGACAACAUUCGUGGAAUUAUCUAUGCCAUUAAAGAGUUUAAUGACACCGUUGUCCAUGUAUUGAGAUAUAUUUAUACUAUUUCCGACCAACAUGUUUUGGAUUACAUCACUUCAUUUUUGUCAUAUGAAUAUGCUUUUUACAGAAAUUACAGGGAUCCUCCGAUUUUCUAUGAAGCAUCGAGUUCCUACUUCGAUUUUAGUUACAUAGAUGAUAAAGCGCAGAUGCUGGCACCUCUUAAAGUAUUAACAAUGUUAUCAGAAGACGCAAUCAAACCAAUUUUUAAAUAUUUGCCAAAAAUUUUGUCAUAUUGUGUCAUUUUCAAAUAUUUGUAUCCUGAAGAGACAACGAAACUAGUUAAUACUAUAUUCACGAGUAUCAAACCACAUGUUGCAGAUAGAACAUUACAAAUUGCUGAUGACAUAAUCAGUAGAUUUUCUUUGUUGAUGGAUAAAACUUUUUCAAAUUUCAAUGAACCAUUUGCUCCUAACAUGAUUAAGCCGAAACAGAUUUCUCUUUAUCUGUGGAAGUUCUUGAAGACACAAUUCGGCCAUUCCUCAGGACAAGAGUUCAGUUUGAAUUGUCUAAAAUGGGGUUUGUGUCAUUCGGAUUUAUCAAUUUCUUCAAUAGCUUUGAAAUGUUUCCAAGGAGCAAUUGAUUACGAUGAAAAUGAAGAAGUUUAUGAUUCAGCGAUUGUUGGUAUUUUCGCAAGAGUUCUUGCCAAUAUUUCGCAUUGUUUGGAUCAUUUAUUGAAUGUGAAAAAAGAUUUGGACAGUUCGAAAAUCCCUGUUUUUUAUUUCAGAACAAUUUUGAAGACAUUGAAAGUCAUUGCAGAAAAAAUGCAUAAAAAGAAUAUAUUAGUUGCUGACUCAGGAAUAUUCUGGAUAGCAAUAGAAUCCUUGAAAUGCAACACGAGUUGGUUAACUGACAUUUUUGACGCCGGUUUGUCAGUUUUGGAAUUUUUCUUCAAACAUCCAACAUUGUUUGAAUGUAUUUCAGACCAACACCAUUACAAUGGAACACAGUUUACCAUCAACACGUUCUGGAAAUUCCAUAAACCAUGGGGAGACAGAUUCGCUGGUUGUUACAAAUACAUUUUAGGUUUUUCAGGCGAAAUCAAAAAUCCCGACAGAUUUUUCCAGUUUUUGAACUUGAUGGUACAAUUACGCUGCCCGGCAUUAUUCUCUAGUAGUCCUAAAUGGAUGUAUACUGCUCUGUUGAGUCUGUUACCUUGGAUGUGGAGUGUUGUAAUUACAGAUAUUUCUCGAUUUUUGACAAAAACUCCGAAAGUUUUGAUGAUGCAGAAAUCUUUGCAGGAUUUGUCUUCCUACAUCGAGAAAGAUGAUGAAACAAUAGUAAAGUUCUUGGAAAAGGCAUUCGCUGUUACUGCAAUGUCAAUAACAGACGACAUGUUCACAAUGGUCACGAAAUUGGUCGAAUUAAUCAUCGACAAAAUUGAUAAAAGUGACAUUCCAAUUAUUUGUAAUUUCUUCACGAAUUGUUUAGAAUCCGGAUCGAGGAGUUUGAUUGUUCCAUUGUAUUCCAUUGCCACAGCAAUAAUAAGGCUUACAAACAAAGAUGAAGACGUUUUUAAAGCACUUUCUAAGUUUUAUUUCAUUGCUGACGAACAAGAAAAGAAUGAUCCAGAUAUAACAAUCUAUACUCAACUAUUCAAGGAUGAAAUGACGGAAUACAUCAGUGACUAUUCAUCUUCAUCAUCUAAUGUAUCUGAAGAGUUGUUUUACUUCCCUGAAUUCCAUUUCUUCGACAGAAUAAUUGCAAUUUUAGUUCCAAGAUUGCAUGAAAUUGAUCUCCAUGAUUCGAAGCCACAAACAUUUGCAACAAUACAACAAUUCCCACAAAUGAAUCCAAAUAUUGCUGCUUUAAGUGAUUGCAAACGUUUUGUGGAAUUAACUGAUAAUCUCAAACAAAUUCCUGUUUCUCCUUUCUCUCAAACAGCGGAAUUAUGUACAAAAAUGAGGUCUACAUUCAUUGAUACAGAUGCUCUGAAGAUGAUGAGAGAAACAGAGAAAGUAGACAUGAUUGCAAUUGAUAAGAUAAUGAAGGAUGUUUUGAAGAUUGUUAUUGAUGAUAAUAAAUCAAUGCAAGGAGAUAUUGUAAGGAAUACAAAUGAAGAGGAAGAAGAACAACAAGAACAUCAAGAAAAUAGAGAAGAAAACAACUUUAACUUGGAGUUGUGCACGUUCCCAGCAAGUAUCUAUUUACCUGAUAUGGCUUAUAUCAAUGAACUUGAUAGAUCUUUCUUCGCUGCUGAAGAAGAAAUGGAACCAGAUCAAUAUUAUUGA